CUGUAGGUGAGAAGGCGGUUAGUCGUCUUGCAGGUAUGACCACUAAGAAGGAAACUGCUGGAUUCUAUUCAAAACACUCUGCAUCUUGACGCACACAAGUUACGGACUUGGGAGAGCGGAGAGCAUAUUGGACAGAUCUUAUACAGCACCAUUAAAGACGAUCAAAAAGUAUGAAGUUGGAGGUGUUGUGCGGGAGCCACUAUGACAUGAAACAUUUCGAGAUGUCCAGUGAUGCAGAGGGGAGUGUGCGCUCUCCUCUUUCUGCUGAGGAGGAGCUGGGGUCGGAUGGAGACUGCGUGGCGCACAGUCCUCCACCUGUUACUCCCUGCGGCAACAGCAAAUCAAAGCCGUACACACGGAGACCCAAACCCCCGUUCUCAUACAUCGCCCUCAUCGCCAUGGCUAUCCGGGACUCCCCGUGUGGACGUCUGACUUUGGCGGAAAUAAACGACUAUCUGAUGAAAAAGUUUCCGUUCUUCAGGGGCAGCUACACCGGCUGGAGGAACUCCGUUCGACACAACUUGUCUCUUAAUGACUGCUUUCUUAAAGUGCUCCGGGACCCGUCGAGACCUUGGGGGAAAGACAAUUACUGGAUGCUCAAUCCUCACAGCGAGUACACGUUUGCUGACGGGGUGUUUCGGCGCAGAAGGAAGCGCAUCAACAAAAAGUUCAGCAAAGAGCAGGAGGUGUCCGAGCACGCAGAGGAGCCGCAGAGCAUAGCGCAGUCUUCAGCCCCCACCAAGACGGAUUCAUGUGCCAAGUUCACCAGCUCCUUUGCUAUAGACAGCAUCCUCAGCAAACCCUUCAAGAGAGACUCAACUAAAGAACACUUUCCUCUCCUCCCGGCCUUCACCUGGCCAUGCUACCCUGAACUAAUGACGCCUCAUUCAAAUACACCUGCCUCAUUUCCGUACGUGAAUGCACCUUGCCAUAUGGACUCCUAUGCUGCUGCUGCGCAUGUGUCAAACGUCUAUGGCGUUGGGCUGCUUUCACAGACAGCCAUGCAGUAUCAGAAAUAAACUCUCUUUAAUCUGAUGAUUCAAAAUCAUCAUUGUGCACUUAUGGUGGACACAGGACCAGAAAAGGACCAGACACCAAAGACAGAACAUUUUCCAUCUGUGUUGGGAUUACAUUGUAUUUGUGGUGACACGGUGUUACACGUUCUUCUUCUUUUUUUUUUUCGUCUGGUCAUUUCCUUUUAAAGCAUUAACAGACCUGAUGUUUUGUACACAAUUGUUUAUUGUAAAUGUUACUGAAAUGACGAUAAACUUUGUUUGUUCAAAUAAACGUGUUAAAAAUG